AUGCAUCCCCCCCAAGAGAAGGACCCCCUUAGGAACUACAGAGACAGGGAGGAGCCGGGCGCCCUGCCCUACAUCCCCCACGGAGAGAAUUACCUCAAAAUGAACAAGCCAAAGUACAACGGCAACGGAAGUUACCAUCAUAAGCAGGCGAGAGAGAGUCAGGUCAGUUCGAAUGAUAACCUAAGUUACCAUAAUCACUCCUACAUGUGUAACAACAGUAGUGGGAAUUACCACCCAGGGAAGGUACAUCACCACCAGUUGGCCAAUGGGAGGUACCACAAGAUGGGUUACAACGAAGGGAGUGGCGACUACCUACCCAGGGGGAGAACCUAUCGGAGCAACAACGGGGUGAGCAACGCCGUAGGGAUUGGGAUGUGCGAAGAAGAGAUAGUGCACCCACAGUAUAACAAAAGAAACGGAGGCAAUCGCUACGAUGGCGGUAUUGCACCCAACGUGAAUGGAUUCAAAACGGUGCCAAAUGACCCCCUGGGGAGGAGUCCUAACGGGGUGCUAGAAUCAAACGGAGCGACAGAAAAGGAGCCCGAUGUAGAGGAAAUGCAGAAGGACUUCUAUCCAAAUGGAAAGGGCCAAAAUUGGACGCGCAGGGUGAACAACCGCAUGGGGAGGAGUUACCCCUCCAGGAUCGUGGCGCCCAGGAAUGGCGCGGCGGACUACGCCGGAAGGGGGUUCGCGGCGUUCAACCAAAGCGGCCAGCAGGGAAGCCAACAGGGCGGUCAGCAUGGCAUCCAGCAGAGUGACCACCAUAGCGGCGCCCCAAACGGAGUGGAACUCAAACUGAAGGGCGAAAUGGACAGCCAGCAGGAGAGCCACCACCUCAUGGAGAUCAAUAACGACAGGGAUAACCCAAACGCCUUUUCCACCAAGGGGAGGAGAAAGAUCAACGGCCGCUACCUGAACGCCUAUAAGGGCGGCGCGCAUUACGUGCAUGGCUCCGUGAGCAGCCGUUCCUCGAACUACUUCGGCGGGGGGAACUACGGCCACGGUCAGGGCGGCGGCCAUGGUAGCGGCCAUGGUAGCGGCCAUGGUAGCGGCCAUGGUAGCGGCCAUGGUAGCGGCCAGGGCUACACCUACAACCAGGGCCAGAGCAGCGGUUACGGGUACAACUACAACCACAACAACUACAACAACCACAACAACUACAACAACUACAACAACUACAACAACCACAACAGUUACAACAACCACAACAGUUACAACCACAACAACUACAACCACAACAGUUACAGUCACAACAGUUACAGUCACAACCACGGCAGCUUCAGUCACAACCACGGCAGCUUCAGUCACAACCACGGCAGCUACAAGCACAACCACAGGAGCUAUAACAACCAGGGGGGUAGCCAAGGGGCCAACUGCGAAGCGGAGGCUGCUGCGAAGGUCGUUAGCGCAGGAGAAGUCCCGCUCGCUGAAUGCGCCGACGUCUGCGUGGUGCAGAAGGAAAGCCCUCCAGAUGGAGGUGCAGCUAAGACCGAUGGUUGCAUCUCCGUUAGCUCUCCAAACAACCAGUUGGGAGACGCAGCCAAGACGGAUGUAGUCCAAACGGUUGACCUUCCCAAAGAAGUCUACAACGAAAGGAAUGGCACGCAUGCGAAGCCGUCCGAUGAGGAAGUGGACGCUCAGAUAUGCUUAAAGGUAGCAAAGGAUGCCAAUCAGCAGAGCGACAAUUGCGAGGGGAACGAGAACACCUUGGAUGGAAGCUGCAACGUGGGGGGAAACCCACAUGGCAAUCAUCAAGUCAGCGGAGGAGGUGGUGACUUGGGUGGCCAUAACAAAGGUGAGAGCCUAACCAGUGGGGAACCCUUUAAACAUGGCAAGUGUGCUGUUGGGGAGGUAGUACUGAGGAAGGACCAGUGUAGCGGUAGGGAAGGUCCACACACCAAUGGAGGGGACCAUUUAAUGGAAGGCCCUCCUUAUGUACAGGCAAAUAACGAAGUGAGUGGAAAGGACCCCACCGGGAGUUACUCCCCAGUCCCGUUUAGUAAAAACUGCACCAAUAGGAAGAAGACGCAAAAUAGGAGCUACCCCCCUGUGUAUAACUCCAAUAGGUAUGAAAUCAGCAUCAAUGGAGCCUUCUGGAGGGGGAAGAAUACCCUAUGCAAUGGGAGUAGCGGUGCAGCUCGUUCGGAUGACCCGAGUGGGAGGAGGGACCCACUGCCAGCACCACCCACAACAACAGUUAAGGGGUACAAUCGUGGAGAGUGUGUAAACGGUAGCAUGAAUUCUCUCAUUGAUAAUGACCUUGUGACGACCCCCCAGGGGGAGUACCUACAGAGCGUUACGCAGCUGGAUAGUGCCAACUCGUUUGAGGAGAAUAGCACCGUUACGAAAGAAUAUGGGGUGUGUGGGAAUGGAGACCUUCAGGUGGGGAAUCUUUCUGGUAGGACCUUAAGGGAGGACGCAGUUUGGGAGGCACCUCCCGUGGGGGAGCUCCACCAAGAGGAGUUUUACGUGGAUGGGGUGUGCCCAGAUGGGAAGACAACCAUAGGGGAAGGAGACCCCUUGAAGAAGGACCUACCUAUGACUGCUAUACCCAACGGGGUGCGAGAAGCCCCGCUUGCCUGUGGCGAGGCGAAGCAAUGCUUUGAUCAUGCUGCAGGAGGGUAUGGCGGCGAUGGAGCGGGGAACUGCGGGGGGGGGAAGAUGGACCCACUGGGGGGGGGCCACCACCACCAUAGGGUAGGAAGUUACAACCACGGGGGGGGAAGUUACAUCCACGGGGUAGGAAGUUGCAACCAGGGGGGAGGCAGUUAUAACCAUGGAGGCAGCAGUUAUAACCAUGGGGGAAGCAGUUAUAACCAUGGGGGAAGCAGUUAUAACCAUGGGGGAAGCAGUUAUAACCAUGGGGGAAGCAGUUAUAACCAUGGGGGAAGCAGUUAUAACCAUGGGGGAAGCAGUUAUAACCAUGGAGUACGCAGUUACCCCCCGGGGGGAGGGCCCCCCUUCCAUGCGGCGCAAGAACCCCCAGGAACGUACCCAAACGGGGCAUAUAAAAAACACAACAGCGUGUUCCCCCCAAAUGUGCUUCACAAACACGGGAGGAAUAUGAGAGGAGGAAAGUCCCAAUUCCCAAGCAUGCACGAGUGCUUCUUCUCCGCCAAUAAAGGGAAAGGCGGUUCCACUCGGAGGAGUGAACCCGUAGGAGGGAUAGACGAAGCGACUAGGGAGUUCCUUCUGCGCGAGCAAGUGUAUGGCAUGUCAAACGAGGGCACAACCUUUGUAGGAGAUACCAAUUACGCCGAUGGGUCUCCAUUCUUCGUAAAGAGGAAGGUACUCACUAGCAAAGCAGCAGUGGAAAGUUUCAGUUACGAUGCAGGCGAGGUGCAUUCAGGAGAAGGGAAGCCAAAAAAUGACCAGCAGGAUGAGUUCGCCCUGACGACGGACAGCAUAACGAUGAACUGCUACAGAGCGGAGUUGAAGGUGGUGAAGGAGGUGAAGGAGGUGAAGGAGCUGACGGAGGUGAAGGAGCUGACGGAGGUGAAGGAGGUGAAGGAGCUGACGGAGGUGAAGGAGGUGAAGGAGCUGACGGAGGUGAAGGAGGUGAAGGAGUUGAAGGAGCUGAAGGAGUUGAAGGAGGAGGUCCAAAUCGGUGAGAGCAGCUCCACUCGAGAUGAGGGUUGCCUUGUGGUGAACCCUAAGCUAACCCAUGUUAGGAGCAGUGUGCAUCUGAACAUGACCAUGCCGAUGAAUGGCUGGAAGAAGGAACCCGUCCUGAGGCGGCCGAAAAAGGGAGCCGCUGCGGAGAAGGUGAAGCGGUCCAUCGUGGGCAGGGAUGCGGGCGCUGCCACGGCGGAGCACAUCCUCGGUGAAGCGCAGCGUGAUGGGCAGGGAGAAGCGCAGCGUGAGGGGCAGCUUAACGAUCCGCGUGACAACCCGCUUAACUCCCAGCAGGGACCGCUUCGUGCUGUAGGUGGCCCCCCAAAGCAGCGUAGGUCCAGGUCGGAGAAUAUCCACUGCUGCCAAAAUAAGGACCUCAAAAAUUUAGAAGUGGCCAUGAUUAAGCCCCACAUGGACGGGUUCAAGGGGACGGCCAAUGUCAACGGGUUCAGGACCUUCCUGGAAAGGGUUCUGACUAGCUACCUCGACGGGGGUGCGGUGGAGGGACGGCCCAGCAUUCCGGGUGAACGGAGCGGCAAAAUGAACGAGCUUCAGAGGGCGAAGCUACCCUGCCCACUUGGUGAAGAAGCACCUGUUUGUACUUACCUUGAGACUGACCAGUGGGAGAGGGACAAACGGAUGGGCUCCUUCCACACAGGGGAGUGCUCCCCAGAAAAGAAAGCGGCACUCACGGAAAACGGUGCAGUUAAAACGGACAGGGGUGAAAGGCACAAAGCGGUGUACUUCCCCGGAGAGCAUCUAAACUAUGGAAGUGAUGUGAAAGCGCAGAACACGUUUCUUUGCCUGCCAGUUGAGGGGGACGCGAUUGAGGGGGACGCGAUUGAGGAGGAGGCAGUUGAGGGGGAAGCAGUUGAGCAUGACGCGGUUGAGUGCUACGCGGCUGAAAAUGACGAUGCUGAGUGCGACGCCGCCGAGUGCGACGCCGCCAACGCGCAGUGGGAAGACAAGCCGAUGAAUUACAUCCCUGGGGAGGAAGAGGCCGCCCCCCUCGAGGGAACACUCAGAGGAGCGUUCCUGGGCAGGAGGGACUGCGUGGGUGGCGCCAGCGCAUACGCGGGGAGUAGCCGUGUAAGCGGUAGCUGCGGCAGGGUAGGCCACUACGGAGAGCGCGGCCAUUACGGUGGGAGAGGUCAUUAUAUUGAGCGAGGCCAUUACGGUGAACGCGGCUAUUACGGUGGGAGAGGUUACCACGGAGGGAGGGGUCACUACGGUGGGAGCGGUCACUACGGUGGAAGCGGCCACUACGGAGGGAGCAGCCACUACGGAGGGAGCAACCCCUAUGGGGGAAACUACGGGAGGCGUGGCAACUACCACCGAGGUGACGUGCACAACGAAGUGGUCACCCGGGACCACCUGUUCAAGUUUAUCUCCCAGGAAAACACUCCCCUGCAGAGCAACCUCACGGAUGGAAAGACCAUUAGCAGUUACUCUAAGAAUGAGGUGCUGGGGAACAACAGCUACGGAGAAAGGGGGGUAAUUCAAAAUGAGUUCAUGUCAAAUAGGAUUUCACCCACAGGCACGGGUACCACCACGACGGCGACGAUAGCGACGAUAACGACCAUAACGACGAUGGACACGAGUGCUUCCAACUUUGCACAUCCCAAGGUGCACGUCAACGGUAGUGCCGGCAGGAUGGCUAGCCACAGGAUCGGCCACAAGGGCUUCUUCUCCCAGCUCCCCGAGAGGCGCAGGAGAAACGUCAACACGUCGGACUACUGCUAUACGAGUGGUCAGAACGACUCCUCCACGGAGAACUAUCCCCAGGGGGGCGGCGGUCAGAGUGGCGGUCAGAGCGGCGGGCAAAGCGGCAGCAACAGCCACAGUGACAACCAGGGAGGGAGCGAACUCGCGGGCUCAGUCGAGACCUACGGCUUCUGUGCGAACCACUUGGGAGGUGCUGAGCAGCCAAGAGGAGGGAACAGCAUAGGUGGUGCGGUUGGUGUGGACACCGUUAGGGGAUCGAACUCCGCGCGGGACGUUAACGCAUUUGCAUUCAACGGGGGGUACGACCGGCACAACCAGAAUCACAUGAGCGGCUUUACCCAAAGGAGGCAGCAGAGAAACGGAGCCGCCAGUCACUACGGAGUGGGGGGGCAGCAGUGGACCCACCAACCUACCAGCAACACGGGGAGCAGUAGGAAGCAUUUCAACGGCUACCCGAACAGAAACGGGACGAUGUCGAACAGUCGGUUCUCCUCUCACAGGAGUGUCGCCACGGGGAACCUGUUUGCUUACGCCGAUGGGGGAGGCAUGCCUCCCCAGCACAAUGGCAGUGCCCCGUUUGGAAGCGGUAGUACCCCGUUCGGUAGCGGCAGUGCCCCGUUUGGCAGCGGUAGUGCCCCCUUCAGCAGCGGUAGUGCCAAGCCCGGCCCCUGCUUCGACCCAAACGGAGGGAGCACCAGUGGGUAUCACCACAACGGUGGUUUCGAUCCAACGUUUAAGUCAGCUGGUCAUGUGAAUGGGCGGAGAAAGGGUAGGAAUAAUGCACCCCGUGUUGGUGGCUACGUUGAUGGGUACGCAGGUGGGUACGCGGCCAACAGUAUACCCAAUUACGGGACGAAUUGGCCCCCCGUGGCCGGCCCCAGUACAUCGCCCCAUUUUGCGGAGAACCCAAUGAGUGCCUACCAAAGUGCAUACCAAAGUACACACGGAAAGGGGAACCACCUGAACGCGGACGGUUUGAACAACGCGCCAACGUUCGAUGAGCCGAAUUGUGAAGACGCCGAGGUGGCGAUUAACAGCUUCUCGGAGAAGACGUCCCCAUGUGAGAUGGCAGGUAGGAAGCGGGCAAGUCACGGCGCCCCAGUAGUGCCUCUCCACGUGGGCGACCAUUCUAGGAAAACGCAGCAGGGGGAGGAGCAGCCGCUGGAGCAGCAUCCGCUUCCGCAGCAGGAGGAGCGUACCAUGUUUAGCGGAAGGAAGGACGCACUUGAGGGGGAGCAGCCCCCAAAGGGGAAUGACUCUCCUUUGGAUCAACCCAUCACGGGGGAGGAGGAAAACGAAGGGAGAGAUAACGAGGAGAGCAGAUUCAAGAGGAAGAACCCGCUGCUGCAUGGCGAUAGAGAAGGCAGAGUUGGGCAAGCCUUGCGAAACAAAAAAGAUGGUCUGCGUAGAGGCGAUUUAUUAGGCGGUACUCCCACUCCCUGUGAUGAAGUGAUGGCAGUCGGUGUGGAGAUGGUUAGGGGCGACGGAACGGAAGGAAUGCCUCCCCCCCAUUUUGAGGUCUACCCUGGUGAGGAAAAGGCCUCCUUCAAGGGGGACGCGAAACAGAGCGAGAGAAAAGAAACCGCAGAGUCUAACCGCUUAAAGAUCAACCGAAUGGGAUCAAACGACGCGAAGGUGGGCCAUGCGAACCCAUCGCCACGUGAUGAGGUAGCGAGUAAAGUGAGACCGCCCAAGCAAGGGGGUCACAAGGGCGAAAGGAAAAGUGAGAGGGCAGGCAACGAUUAUGGGGGAGCCAACAGUAUUUCUAAGAUGGAGCCCGUUCUUUGCAGCUUGGAAGGAGACAAUGCAGAUGAGGUGAAUGACCCCACGGAGGAAGCCAACCAAAUGGACCACUCCACGCGCGACUACGAGGUGUGUGAGCCUGACCAGGAGCAGCUAAUCCUGGGAGAGAAUCCGCAAAACAGUGUUGAUGGGUAUAACCAGGAGACGGGCUCCCUCCCCGGGGGGGCCAGAGGCGAGCCGAACGAGGGUAGCACCAACAAGGGGAGUUACCGAAGGAAAAACAAAAACAAAAAAGGCGCGUUCGAGAAGGGCCCUAGCGACACAGGUGCGUACAGUAACAGAGUCAGCAAGCCUGCAAGGAGCAAAAAGAAGUGA